GCAAUUGGAAUAUUUCCAAUGGCUAAUUGAGAGAGAGAGAGAUGGAGGAUACGGCAACGGAAUUGCUGGUUGAGAACAUCAAGGAGCUACUAGUAAACCGCCCCGGUCUAACCAAAGACGACGAGACGAGGGGAAACAUCGAGAAUCUUCUAAGGGAUCUCCCCGUGUUCAUAGCCUUCCUAAGGGAGACAGUCGAGAAGCGGAGAAGAAGGGAAAUGGCGGGGUACUAUGAAGAAGAUUCCUCUGAAGCAAAGCGGAUUGCGAAGGAGGUUCAAGAUGUUGUUUAUGAUGUGCAAGACAUGAUUGAUGUCUUGAUCGCAAAGACCAUCGAGAAGAAUCAAAAGACUCGUUUCUUUAGAUUCUGGGAUAAAGCUGGCAGUCUCAAUGCAACUUGCAAACAUUUCGAGGAGGUCAAAGCCAUGGUUGAUCGCUUCAGAGAGAAAACCAUUAUCUACGUCGAAGACGAACGCAUAAUAACUGAGGCUCAACCACCAAAAAGGAAAGAUGCAGAAAUUCCCGAAGUUCAGAAGGAAGAACUCGUGCAUCGUCUGAGUUGCGAAACAGACUAUCUAGAUGUAAUUCCGCUUAUAGAUACAACUGGUUGUGGAAUGCAGAUACUGGCACGGCAGAUUUUUAACGAGCAACAUAUCCUCUACAAGUUUCCCACCCGUAUAUGGCUCACUAUUACAUACAGUCUCACAGCUGAACAAAUGUGUAUCGACAUCCUCAAAGAGUUGAGCAUUAGAGUUGACGAGGAUACGAGUGCCAAAGAAUUAGCUGAUACGGUUGCUGCUCGUCUCCACAACCAAACUUUCCUGAUUGUCAUGGAUAAUGUAGACAUUUCUGAUUGGGAAAGACUUAGCGUGGCUCUGCCAUUUCACAAUACAAAAGGCAAAGUUUUGAUCACCACUUAUGAUUCGGAUGUGAAAAAGGUGGAUAGGAAUCCGAAUCUUUUCACCAUUUAUGGUUUCGCUACAGAUGAAGAUGUCUGGGGGAGGUUGCGGUGGGAGGCACUGGGAAAGCUGGACUGCCCUCCUGAGUUGGUAGAUGUCGGACAAGAAAUCGCAUUUCUUUGUGCGAGAAUGCCAAAGACAGUAUCAAUCAUAGGACGCAUCCUUGAGAGCUAUUCAGUCACAGAUAGAAAUAUAAAGUACUAUUGGAUCAAAGUGAGAAACCAGUUGCGCUCAUAUACUCAUAGGAUGCCAAGCUUUGCACUGCACUUGUCUAGAUUCAUAUAUCUGAGUUAUGACAAUAUACCUCACCACUUGCGCCCGUGCUUGCUUUACUUUCUCUUGUUCCCAAAACACCAUGAAAUAUUGGUAUCAAAAUUGAUCCGCUUGUGGAUUACAGAAGGCUUCGUGCAACAACAGUCUGGCUGCAGCUUGGAGGAAACUGGAGAGAAGUACUUGUAUGAUCUUAUCAGUAGAAAAUUAGUCGUAACUGUCAGGUUCAAAUCUGAUGGUAAGCUUAAAUCAUGCCAGAUCCAUGAUACUUUACUAGAGUAUGAUAACUGCCCCGGGGAAGCUAAUGAAGAAUAUUUUCUCCAAGAAAUCGUGUACAAAGGAGACGGGCAAUGUGAACCUCCACUCUCCAGCAAAGAAACAUGUCGCCGUCUUUCCAUUCAUUCCGAUUGCCUGAGCUUCGUUUCAUCAAGACCUUUUGGUCCUCGUGUCCGCUCAUUUGUUUGUUUUUCCAAGACUAACUAUGUCGUGUCUCCUGAAAACAGCACAAACAUCACUGAAGCCUUCAAAUUGGUCAGAGUCUUGGAUAUUCUGCCUCUCAAGUUCACCAAGAUUGACAGUGAUCUCUAUAAUCUGUUUCAUCUGAGGUACAUUGCCUUUUCGUCUGAGCUGUCAAUCCUUCCUUCAAAGUUCAACCAGCUUUGGAACAUACAAACUCUUAUAGUCAUCACCAAAUCUCGUACGCUUCAAGUUAAAGCUGACAUAUGGAAGAUGAAGCGCCUUAGGCAUUUCAAGACAAAUGCCUCUGCUACCUUGCCCGUGUCGGUUAACAGUGACAAACAGAGUACAGAGCUUCAAACCCUCGGGUUGAUCUCAGUGGAGAGUUGCACUGAGGAACUUCCUCAUCAAGCGCCUAAUUUGAAGAAGCUGGGCAUCCGUGGGCGACUAGCCUUGCUUUUUGGCAGAAAGACAGGCUCUAUCGAUAGUUUGAAGGAAAUGAGAAAACUUGGAAAGCUGAAACUUGUGAAUGAUAUAUAUCCUGACCAACGGAGGGAAGGGGCAUUGGGUUGUCUUCCUCGAUACGAUCAGUUCCCGUGUGGCCUUACCAGCCUCACAAUCUGUGCUACUUUCCUCGGUUGGGAACAUAUGUCCACCCUCGGAUUGCUGGAGAAACUUGAGGUGCUCAAGCUUAGAGAUCAUGCAUUUGUUGGGCACACUUGGGAGGUAGAAGAUGGAGGUUUUCACUCUCUCGAGACUAUGCACAUUGAGAAAACAGAUUUGGCUUGUUGGAAGGCUUCUUCCCAUCACUACCCCAAGCUUAGAAGCCUCGUGCUCAAGGACUGCGACAAGCUUCGUGAAAUUCCAGUUCAGCUUGCUGACAUAUCAAGCUUCGAAACGUUGGAGCUGUCUACUAGCAGGAGUGCAGUUACAUCUGCCAAAACCAUUUCUAAGUUAAAGAGAGAUGGAGGCUCGGAAUUCACGCUCUUCAUCUUUCCUCGUCAUCACACUGAAUGAUCAAGUGUUGUUAAACUUGACAGGUAAUUUAUCCUUACAUAUAGUUUGUUUAUUCUCUGUUGUCACUUGUCUUUGCAGCAUACAUCUCAGCAUGUCACAUUUCAAGACUCCUUUCGAUAUUGUUUCGGUUGGUUUGCAUUUAUUUGCAGGGAACUGCUGCACUACAAUUUGUUCUUCACAUUGUUAUCUUGAACUGUUUUCUGUUCUUCAAAUAAUCGAGCAUGUUUUGUUCGUAUGUUGAAAUGCAACACAUUGCGUUGUUGUGUUGAAUGAUUAUUUAUUCAUUUCACGGUGUGGAUCUCAGUU